CUCAAGUGAGAAUUUUGGUUUUAGUCAAUCCAUGUUUUGUUUUUUUUGCAAAUGCAAGAGAUCAACCGGGCAAAAUGAAACUAUAUUGCUUAUCGGACCAUCCUAAUGCGCCAUGCCUACUGCUGACCUUCAAGAGCACAACCAUUCUCCUGGACUGUGGUUUGGAUCUGACAUCACUCCAGCAUUUUCUUCCUUUAACUCUAGUUCCAAGUGCUCGUUUGAAUUCACUACCACCAUGGACAGUGACCGGAGAUAUCUCAACGCAACUCAAAGACGACUUGAAAAAAGAACUUAAGGAAUGCAGUGGGCGAGUCUUUGUGGACAGUUCACCAGAAGUCUGCUUGCCAGAGCUGGGGAUUGUGGAUUUCUCAACCGUCGAUGCCAUUCUGGUGUCUAACUACCAUUGUAUGUUGGCUCUGCCCUUCAUUACAGAGUAUACUGGUUUCAAGGGUAGAGUGUACUGCACAGAUCCAACUCAGCAGACAGGCAGACAGCUAAUGGAAGAGUUUGUGGAAUACAUGGAGCGAGUGCCAAGAGCAAAGACUGCCGUAAAUUGGAAGAAGCCGUCUGUCUUGAAGAUGCUGCCUGCUCCACUCAGAGACAUCGCCUGGGCAACGUCGUUGAGAAGAUGCUACACCACACACGACAUCAACUCAUGUAUGUCUAAAGUCAGGGUGACAGCCUUCUCAGAAAAGCUGAAUUUGUUUGGUUCUCUGAUGGUGUCGCCCCACAGCUCUGGUUACUGCCUCGGAAGCUGUAACUGGGUCAUCAAGUCCGAUUAUGAAAAGGUUUGCUACGUCUCUAGUUCCUCGUUCCUGACCACCCACUCCAUCCCUAUCCUCCAAGAACCGUUGAAGAACAGCGACCUACUCCUACUGACCGGCAUCACGCAGACACCCGCUCACAAUCCAGACAGUAUGCUGGGAGAAUUCUGUAGCAAUCUCACCGUAACAAUCAAGAAUGGAGGGAACGUCUUGGUUCCCUGCUACCCAUCAGGCAUCAUCUAUGACUUGUUUGAAUGUCUGUCUGGAUACAUGGACUCCGUCGGGCUGACGCAAGUCCCGAUGUUCUUUGUGUCGCCGGUCGCUGAUAGCUCCUUGGCUUAUUCACAGAUAUUCUCUGAAUGGCUUUGUGCCCAGAAGCAGUCAAAAGUGUUCCUCCCCGAACCGCCGUUUCCUCACGCUGAGUUGAUCAAGAGUGGCCGACUGAAACACUUCUCAACCAUACAUGGUGAUUUCAGCAGUCACUUCAAGACGCCUUGCGUCGUCUUCACUGGUCACCCAUCUCUGCGUCUCGGUGAUGCUGUUCACUUCAUGGAGCUAUGGGGCAAAUCCAGCAGCAAUACCGUCAUCUUCAUCGAGCCGAAUUUCUCCUAUCUGGAUGCCUUGGCUCCCUACCAGCCCCUGGCCAUGAAGGCUUGCUACUGCCCCAUUGAUACGGCCAUCAGCUUCCCUCAAGCGACCAAGAUGAUCAAAGAACUCAAGCCACUACAUGUUGUCCUGCCUGAAUGCUACCUCACCCCACCGACCUCACAACCCCUCAGGACUGAUCUCGUCGUGGAAGCGGAGGUUGCCCCUACUCCGUACAAGCGAGGCAGCGUCUUGCAUCUACCAAUCAAACGGAGGCUGGAGAGGAUAGAAAUCACGCCAGAGCUUGCUGGAUCCUUGGCACCCAUAGAAGUCAAGCCAGGCGUGUUUGUGUCUACAGUCACAGGGACCAUAACUGCCCGAGAUAAUAAAUAUAUACUACAGGAGGCGCCGAAACAGGCCCUGCCUAGCACGCCCUCCUCUCAGCCAAUCAGAAAGCGGAAGAGAGAAGACGACGGGGGUGUGUCAGAAACCGCCCACCCCAAGCAGUAUGUCUACGGCAAUCUUGAAGUGGAGGAACUUGUACAGGCAUUAGCGAAGAAUGGAAUCACCGAUGUGAAAGUGGAGGACACAGCAUCUGGCCAUAUCAUUCAUUUGCAAACGGAAGAUACCAUUAUCCAGCUGGAGGAGGGUUCCACCCAUAUCUUUUGUGAGGGGAACGAACCUUUGCGGAGGAAGCUUCGAGACACCCUUAUUGCCUGCUUGCCAAGUUUUUGAGGUCAGAAUCAAGAUCAUGAAAAAAACGUGAGCCUCAAAUCAAAUUAAGGGAGGCGGGACCACGCCCCCUCCAACACAACUUUUUUUGAGUGGCCAGGGUUCGAUUCCCAGCUGCGACCAUAUGUGAGUAGAGUUGUGCGUUGGUUUUCUCCUGGGACCUCUGAAUUUCCUCCAUCCGGAAAAAUCAAUCACUUUUGAUCUCAAGCUGUGCUCCGUGGUCAUCUAUGGGUGGUAUGGUGGCAGCCAUAGGCGCCUUUACAUGCCUGUGGCUCAACCACAUUGUAGCCGCGUCCUUCGCAAUUCAGCUUCUCAGCUUCGAGUAAGGAUGAUAAGCCUCUCAAAUUUUUAUUAUUAUUAUUUUUCCCCAAUAUUUAUUAUGAAUUAAUUUUAUUUUGUAUAUUUGCCCAUACAUUAUACAAAAAAAAUGCACCUUAUUUACCUAAAUAUAUUUCCAAGCCACAGAAGAAGACGAGACAUUUCCGUGCCUGACAACAGAAAUGCUUCAAGAAUGAAUUGAUUUAACUGAAAACCUACUUCAUAAGUACUGAAAAUUCCAAUUAUUCAAUUAGAAAUAUUGCAAACGUUUGUUAUUUUUAUAUUAAAAAAUUAGUAAUUUUUUCAGCUCAGCACCCCAUACUUGACCUCUGCAUAAGUUGACCUCAAGCCCUAAAGCAUCCGAAAGCAAACUUCCUGUACAUUAUUUCUUUAAUGGAAUUCAGGCCUUGGUGUGAUAAAAGAAAGCUUCUUUUUAUGGAAAGCAAAA